CCCAGACAACCCAAGAGUGUGCUAAGAGCGCCUCAAGACGGCCCUCCAUAGCCAUUCUUGCUCAAGCCAUUGUGCCGCAAGCCUUUGGAAGAAAGGUUACUACAACACAGACACUGCCCCGCUCCAUUUGCCGCGGGACUCCGCCAGGACUCGCGCGAUGGCUCCCAAGCUGUUCGUCGUCCUUGCGAUGAUCGCUUUCUCUGGCGUGGCUGGCUUGGCUGGGAACGAAGACGGAAUGUUGGGGAGCAGGAUGGACGAGGUGCUCGCCGCGAAACCUGGUGAGCUGAAAAGGACGGGGGGGUCCCAGGCCAUCUGCGAGGACCACAACGCUGCUGCCUUCGCAGUAGCAAGGCAAACCCAUCCAGAGGAAACCGCUGGCCUCGUGGAGGCGACUGCGUGCGCAGGCAUCCUCGACCUCAAGGCAGACAUGUGCACCGAUACGGCGAUGGGACACCUGAUGAUUGUGAUGUCCACAUUGUGCGCGAAGUCGUGCGGGAAGUGCUGAGAACUGUUGCGCCUCUCGCGCGCGCGCUUGCUCCAGCUUGGGCACUACCUUCGCUGACUGGCCCUCAUCUUCCGCUCUUUGGUCUUUCUGCCGCCCACUCUGCUCAUCUUCCGCUCUCAAGUCUUGUUGCCGCCCACCCUGCGCCCCACUCUUCUGCUCCUGUUGGGGCCGCGCGGCUCGGCAGCACAUGUUGCGGAGCGUGUGCGCUGCAGGCGUAGGCCCACCCUGCCCCCCCCUACUCACGCCACCCUAGUUCCAGGUAGCUGCACCUGCUUGAGCGUUUUAAGGGCACCCGUCUCUUGCCACCUCCUGCUGCCAGACGUUCAUUGUCACGGACGGAAGAAAACAACGAGCGCCCCAAGACGGCCCGAGAGGGC